CCGUGUGUUUUCGGAAAGUCCACUCUGGCAGCCGGUUAAAAGAUUGAAACUCCACUCGAUUGGGUUCGUCAUGGAUGAUAACGAUGAACUUGAUUACGUUGAAGAAGAUUUUUACGCUACGUUGAAUGUGCCACGAACAGCCACAGAAGAGGAAAUCAGCAAAGCCUAUCGCAACUGGAGUCGAGUUUUUCAUCCGGACAAGCACGGCAAUGGAGAGAACAAACAAAAGGCAGAGCUUCUGUUCAAUCGCACCAAAAAGGCCUACGAAGUGCUUUCGGAUCCACACCAGCGGGCCAUCUACGAUUCGCUGGGGGUCAAAGGACUGGAAACCGAAGGAUGGGAAAUCGUGCACCGCACGAAGACACCAUCGGAGAUACGAGAGGAGUAUGAGCGAUUGGCUCGCGACCGCGAGGAGCGGCGCUUGCAGCAGAAAACCAAUCCCAGAGGCAACAUCUCCGUGCACAUCAACGCAACGGAUUUCUUCAGCCGUUACGAUGAUGAGUUCUACGAUAGUGGGUUUCUGCCGUCGAUCGAAGUAUCGGGCAUGAGCAUGUCGCAAUCGAUAGAAGCACCGCUUUCGCGCACAGAAAUCGCCACACUUGCCGGCAGCUUGCACCUUCAGAAUGGCGUUGGCAGUGGAAGCUUUUUGCUUUCCGGCAAGAGACUAAUCAACAAGGGAUGGUUCGAAGUGGACUGUGGUGCCGGAAAUGGUCCGGUGUUGGGAGCGAAAGGCUCGCGGAAUAUCACAAAUCGGAUAUUCUUUACCGGUGGUACAACUUUUCACUUUCGCCCCAAUUCCAUCAUACCGGGCUUAUCCGGAACUGUCGCGGUGCAGUUAGAUAAGCACACACUAGGAUAUCUAACGUACAAUGCUGGUCUGCAGAACUCGAUGUCGACGGUGGUUGAAAGGAACACGGAAAAGUAUCAUUACAAUCUUAAUGCCACUCUGGGUAUUCCGCAUUGCUAUGUUGCAGCAACGUACACACGGAAACUAGUUGAACAGGGUCUCAAACUGAGGAUAGCCGUAAAGGGAGGUACAUUCGGGGUUCUUUCCGAGUGCGGAGCGGAGAAAAAAGUUUCCAAGUACAGUGCAGUUUCGGCGACUGUUUGCGUUGGAGUACCCUCGGGCGUCACGCUUAAGAUAAAGAUCAUUCGUUCGACACAAACGUACCUUUUCCCGAUUCACCUCAGCGACGAGAUAGUCCCGGCGGCUAUAUUUUACGCUACUGUUACACCCCUCCUCACGUACUUUGUGCUGAAAAAGAUGCUGUUCGAUCCGAUGAACGAAGCGACGAAGCAGAAGAACAUCGAAAAGGUUAAGGAAACCAACAGUGCCCGUAUGGCCGAGAAGCGUCGUGAAGCCGAAUCGGCCAUUGCUCUAAUGGGUGCGCUUUACACGCGCAUCUGCAAAGAGGAACGCAAAAGUGACGGGCUGCUGAUCGUUUCGGCACUUUACGGUAAAUUUAACGAUGCGGAGAACGUGACACUAGAAGAAGCGGAUGAAAUGGGAUUCAUCUCUCAGAAUCCGUUCGUAAUCGACGUGAGGAUUCCGCUCCAAUGCCUCGUGAAAGACUCCCAGUUGACUCUAUAUACAUCCAGCAAGAGUGAGUUACCCGGAUUUUACGAUCCGUGCUUUGGAGAAGAAAAACAACUGAAAAUUGAUUAUGAAUACCGAAAUAGUGCACACAGUUUAGUGUUCGGCGACGGAGAUGAGGUACAUUUACCGGCUGUGUCUUCGGAGUCAUCGGCUUAAACGCAUUGCGAGCUAGUCCAAAGAAUACGAAUGGAAAAUCGAUCAUGGUAGUAGUAUUGUUGUUGGUUCGGGA